CGGUUGACAAGAUAAGUUAUUUGAAAAAUAAUGGCUUUAAUAUGGCCCCUUAGCAUUUUACUUUGCAUUGUGCAGCCAUUAAUGCACAAGGUAUAGGAGUAAGGUCGUAUAAAUCAUGACCCUAAAGGACGGAUAUAUACUAUUUGAAAGCUGCCAUGUUCCUGGUGCUGGUAGCUUUAUGGUUGAUGAGGUUGAGCCACGGACAAGUUGCUGUAGUUGUAAACCUUACUCCUGAGGAAGAAGCCGCAUGUGUGAGUGGCUAUCUCCCAAUGGACACAGGUCUGCCAUCGCGAGACUGUUGUCGCUAUCUGCAGUGUUUGGGUAGACGGAAGGCAUAUGAGAGAGUAUGUGCCAAGCCACUCAUAUGGAACCAGAAGACGUGCUCUUGUGACCGUAAGAGAACGAGACCAGAAUGCAUAGAUACCCCGGAAGCUUGCUAUGAAACUAAGCAGCUAAAGGAGUGUCCAGAUCCUUCACUGCUGCCAAAUAACACUUGCUGCGCCCAUGGGACAACAUAUACUCCACUGAGUGACGGUAGGGGCUAUAGGAUAGAGGGAGAGCGUACAGCACAGGGCUGCCCUGAGGGACAAACUUUCAAAUUGAUACCCUGCUGUUGCGAAGGAGAGGUACCCAGCGGACGCGGCGAUUGUAUCCACUUCGGUUUCGAUGGCAAUGUUCGGGACGACAUCCAAGGGACGUUCAUAGCACAGGGAGGCUUGCAGAUAACGACAUCAGCCAAGGUGGGAACGGGGGCUGCGGUCUUCAACAAAACUAGACCUGCAUCCAUACCCUACUUCAGUAAAUUUUACGGAGGCUUUGAAGCAACGAUUGCAGCAUGGAUACGGAUAGAUGAAGUGGCAGGAAAUGUAUGGGACAACGCAGACAACAGUUCCACUGCUACGUUUUACUUUACGCUUAACCCGACCCCUGCCCCACAACAGGCAAAUGAUCGCGUUCCUGGUGGCCCUGGUCCAGAUUCAGCCAGAAUAGGUGGGCCCCCUGGUGGGCAAGGUUUCCCAGGCGGACCUCCUCUUGAUGGGCCAUCGCGUGAUGUGCCACCGGGACCCGGCCUCCCAGAUUUUCCCCGUAACGAAAAUGUCGAGUAUAUCAUCAAGUUCGGUGAUGCUAACGAUCCUGUGGUGGUGAGAGUCGGGGGUGGAGCGUGUCCCGGUCCGAAUUGUGGUUCCCCUGGAACUGGACCAUGGCACCAUGUUGCAGUGGUGUUGUUUAACGAUGUAGUGACGGUAUUCGUGGAUGGUCUUCCAACUGGUGAACCAAUACCUAACAAAGGAAAGCCUCAGAUUGGAACCAAUCGUCCACUUACAAUAGGGAGAGGUUUCAGGGGAGCCAUAGAUGAUUUCGUGAUGUGUAAAUUUGCCUGGACUAACGAAGAGUUGCAGGUUUAUGUCAAUGUCGACCCAACAAUACCCCAACAUUGAAGACAUUUCAGCAUCAAGCAUAUUCUCUUUUAUUCGCUGCUUCAUUGAGGAAUUUUAGAAUAUGAGUGAGAGAACCUUGUCAAGCAAUAACUUGAAUAUGGCUAGAAAUGUGAAAAUCUGACUAAGCCAGAAAAUAUGUUUUAAAUAUACUAAAAAGUCAUUCAUCAAUAUUCCAGGAAUAUAAAGACUAUGGGGUUCGACAAUGACCACAUUGAUUCUACUCUUAGAUACUUCACCAUGUAAGAAAAUCAAAAUAAAAGACACAAACUUAUCCCAACAAUAUUCAAACCUCAAUAAGAAUAGCUCAUACAGCAUAGUCUGUCCAUUUUUAAUAAUUUUCGGUUUAUUAAAUUUUAUUUUAUCUGUUUGUUGCAUAAAUUCUGAAUAAAGAUGAAAUAACCUGUGUUUUAAUUGACAUGAGUUUAUUGUAACACAAAUAAACAAUUUAUCUUACAAA